AUAAUGCAUCUAUAAACAUCUGUAAAUCUCUGUUCUUCAGGUGGGUUUUAUAAAGAAGAUGAAUUGACACAUGUGACUGAGGGAGAUUCAUUCACUCUGAACUCUGAUCUCACUGAAUUGAAGGACGACGAUGUGAUUCAGUGGAGGUGUGGAUAUGCUGAACACACCGUACUAGCUGAAAUUAAUAAACAGACCGACAUAAUCACUUUGUAUGAUGAUGUUCUUGAUGGGAGAUUCAGAAACAGACUGAAGCUGAACACACGAACUGCAUCUCUGACCAUCACAAACAUCACAUCUGAACAGAUUGAAUAUUUUACACUACAGAUCAACGGUGUGAGAAAGAGAAAGGUCAAUGUCGGUAUCUAUGGAGUGAAGUCAGUGUCAGCGAUGAAGGGAGAUUCAGUCACUAUAAACUCUGAUCUUGAUGAAAUGAAGUAUGAUCAUCGGAUUCAGUGGAGCCUUUCAGCCGAUGAUGAUAAGUGGUGGUCUAAAACUUUACUAGCUGAAAUCAAUAAACAGACCGACAGAAUGACUGUGUAUGAUGAUGUUCUUGAUGGGAGAUUCAGAAACAGACUGAAGCUGAACAAUCAAACUGGAUCUCUUACCAUCACAGACACCACAACUGAAGAUGCUGGAGAAUAUGAACGAGUGGUCAGUGUAAAGAACAGCGGUUCUGGGCAGAAAUUCUUACUUGCUGUCUUUGAUGAUGUAUCAGUGAUUGAGAGUGAGUCAGUUACUCUGAACUCUAAUCUUUCUGAAAUAACGGCUUAUGAAUGGAUUCGGUGGAGGCUUGGAAAUGAUAACAUUUUACUAGCUGAAAUCAAUAAAAAGGUUGACAGAAUCACUGUGUAUGACGAUGUUCUUGAUGGGAGAUUCAGAAACGGACUUAAGCUGAACAAUCAAACUGGAUCUCUGACCAUCACAGACACCAGACCUGAACACUCUGGACGUUAUAAACUACAGAUAUGUGUAGAGAGGAGCUAUUCAAGAAGGUUCUCAAUAAAAGCAUUCACUCUUCUCUCUGUUCCUGUGAUCAGCAGAGACUGUUCAUCUUCAUCAUCAUCUUCAUCAUCAUCUUCAUCACAGCAGAAUUGUUCAUUGUUGUGUUCAGUGGUGAAUGUGGGUCAUGUGACUCUCUCCUGGUACAAAGGAAACAGUUUAUUGUCCAGCAUCAGUGUGUCUGAUCUCAGCAUCAGUCUCUCUCUACCUCUGGAGGUGGAAUAUCAGGAUAAAAACAGUUACAGCUGUGUGAUCAACAAUCCCAUCAGAAACCAGAGCUGAUAUUAGUUGAUGUUGCUGAUCUCAGUUAGAUGUUUUUAUUCCUCAGACUCUGUUCACUGUUGUGGUUCUACUGGAGCUGUGAUCCGAUUGGUCCUCUCUGUUCUGGUGGGUGUGGCUACUGUCAUUAUUCUGGUUUAUGACAUCAGAUCCAGAAGAGCUGAACAAGAUCAAGCACAAAUUCACACAUCAGUGUCUCCAAGUCUCCAUCGUGUCCUCCUGUCCUUGCUUACCGUAGCAGAAGACCGGAUCAAGACCGGAUCAAGACCGAUCGGCACAAGCAUGAGCCUCACGGACCCCUUCCAGGACCCUGUUGACGCUUUGCGUCGCACCCUCACUACUCUUCCGGCAUCCCCAUUACCUGCAAGCACAUCCACAGACAAGACCACCACUUCCUCACCUGCUGUGCACGCCAGUCCCAUGGCAAAGCCGGGGCCCUUCUCUGGUUCGGCGGUGUAUUGA